GCACGGCGCGGCAGUCCGGCCGCCCCCGCAACUCGCCCCGGUCCGGCGACGCCGGCACCCGUUCGGAUGCCGCUGCCGGCCGCCGCUUGCGAUGGUCCACGCCGGGCCAACUGUCCGCGCGCCCUCCCGCGCUAUGUUCGCCGCCACUGACGCGAAACCGCGCCGUGCAGUCUCGCCACUCGGUAUACCCAAAUCCCCCUCGUUUCAUUCUGGCUUGGACCUGGUCGCCAGCCAGACCAAGCGCUCGGAGAGCGUGACGGACGUUGCUCGUGCGUUCCGCUUCGCCCUUUUCGGUAUGGAGGGCCAGGCGCCCAAGGCGCCCUCGCCGCCUGACGCGCGGUCGCCGCCACCCCCAAUACCUGUUACCACUACGCCUCCUACUACUACCGCCCCUACGGUCGUGUCACCGGAGCGACCGCUACCUGCUGCAAAUGGAGAUAAAGAGAGCUUAAUGGUGCAGCUAUCGCUGCUUAAAGACACACCAGCCGCGGAGCGCGAACAGCUAUUCGUGCAGAAGCUGCGGCAAUGCUGCCUCCUCUUCGACUUCGCGGAGGAGCCGCUGUCGGACCUCAAGUGGAAGGAGGUGAAGCGGGCCGCGCUGCUGGAAAUGGUCGAGUAUGUGACGACACAGCGCGGCGUCAUCACCGAAGCUAUAUACCCCGAGGCAGUUAGCAUGUUCGCGAUAAAUCUAUUCCGUACAUUGCCACCGUCAUCAAACCCCAACGGUGCAGAGUUCGACCCAGAGGAGGACGAGCCCACGCUGGAGGCCGCCUGGCCGCACCUGCAGCUUGUGUACGAGCUGUUCCUGCGGCUUUUGGAGUCGCCAGACUUCCAGCCGAAUAUUGCUAAGAAGUAUAUUGAUCAGAAGUUUGUUCUUCAGUUGUUGGAGCUAUUCGACACGGAAGACCCGCGCGAGCGCGAUUUCCUCAAGACAACACUGCACAGGAUAUAUGGAAAAUUUCUAGUGUUACGCGCUUACAUAAGGAAACAAAUUAAUAACGUAUUCUAUAGGUUUAUAUACGAAACAGAGCAUCACAACGGUAUCGCGGAGCUGCUCGAAAUCCUGGGCUCCAUCAUCAACGGGUUCGCGCUGCCGCUCAAGGAGGAACACAAACAGUUCUUACUCAGGGUGCUGCUCCCGUUGCACAAAGCCAAAUCACUGUCGGUGUACCACCCGCAGCUCACGUACUGCGUGGUGCAGUUCCUAGAGAAGGACCCGUCGCUCACACAGCCCGUUGUCAGAGCGUUACUAAAGUACUGGCCGAAGACGCACUCCCCGAAGGAAGUUAUGUUCCUCAACGAAAUGGAGGAGAUACUCGACGUGAUCGAGCCGGCCGAGUUCCAGAAGAUCAUGGACCCGUUGUUCCGCCAGCUGGCCAAGUGCGUGUCCAGCCCACACUUUCAGGUGGCGGAGCGCGCGCUGUACUACUGGAACAACGAGUACAUCAUGUCGCUGAUAUCCAACAACGCGACGCACAUCCUGCCCAUCAUGUUCCCGUCGCUGUACCGCAACACCAAGAGCCACUGGAACAAGACGAUACACGGCCUCGUCUACAACGCGCUCAAGCUGUUCAUGGAGAUGAACCAGAAGCUGUUCGACGAGUGCACGCAGCAGUACAAGCAGGAGAAGCAGAGGGAAAGGGAACGUCUCCAGCAACGGGAGGAGUUAUGGCAGCGGCUGGAAGCCGUAGCGGCCGCCAACCCGGCGAGCCAGCUCGUCGACAACGAUGAACCUGACGCUGACCUUGAAACUUUGGCACAAGAGGCAAGAAAGAACCACAACGCCAAUAAGCCUCUGCUCCGCAAGAAGUCGGAGUUGCCGGCGGACGCGUCCACGGUGAAGGCGCUGAUCGAGCACAAGCGCGCCGACCCGUACCUCAGCACGCCGCCCGACGCCGACCGCUGCUAGCGGCGCGGGCCCACCCGCCGCGCGUGAGCCGCGUGGAACACUUUCCACGCGCGGAACACGUCGACGCGUCGGUCGCAUGGAACACGUGCCACGCGCGGAACGCGCCGACGCGUCGGACGCGUGGAACACGUGAGACAUGUGGAACAAGUGAAACACGUGGAACGAGUGAAACGCGUGAAACGAAUUAAAUACGUUAAACAUAUAUAAAUAUGAAACACGUGAAACCAGUUGAAAAUGUGAAAGUGAAAUUCGUGAUGUUGUUUGGUGGAUGUGUUGAACUGUAUUGGAAAUGCGUAUGGGCUGAAAUUGCAGAAAUACACGGUGUUUUUAAUAUAUAUUAGGUACUGUUCGCGUUAUAUCGGAUGUAUUUAAAUAACGGAAACCAUGAAAAUUUUCUGUUGGUAUAUUAUAUGUAAUAGUGAUAAAUGGGUGUUUAUGGAGCAUGGGCAGUGCCAGGGAACAAAAUAGAGUCAUUGGGUCAAAAAAGUCAUAAAUUCAGUAUUGACUGUAUUAUUAUUAAUUAGGACUUUGUGGUGGAAUGAAUAUCCUUAUUGAGGAAAUUAAGCCAUGCGGAAACUGCUCUAUGGAAGGUCCUAGUGAUGUUUAAAAUUAUAAAUGUUUGUCGCACAUUGGCGCCUAUUACAUUGCUCGGUGGCAAAUUAUAGUGUUAAUCACCUACAUGGCUUUGUAAGGCAGAAUAUAAUCUAUGAUGUCUAAAACUUGGAUACAAUGAAAAUAUACAGACACAGAUUUCUUCUAUAUCUCAAAAUAAUUGAUUGUUGCUAAAAUUUUAUACAGUAAACAAGCUUUAUCUACAAUUAAUAUUAUGCAGUAAUUUAUUAUAUUUAUUUAAGAUGUUAUAGAAGCAUACACAAUAGAUAAUAAAUGUUGUCAAUGUAAUCACAAUUUAUUUAUUGUAACAGAUGUUAGCUUGAAUGGGAUUUUAGAAUGAAUGAAAUAAACACAAAUCUAGCAUCAAAGUAGGUUAUACACAAUUUUGUUUGAAAUACACAUACACUACAAUAAUAAUUUGAACAAUCAAUACAUUAAUUUAUUUAGCUUCUGAAGUCAUUAAAUCAAUAUAGGAACAUAUAACCACCACUAUCUAUCUGUAUAAUGUAGAAGUAUGCUGACCAAAUUGUCUUAAAUCUGGUUUUAUUAUUAAAAAAUAUAAAACUGUUGAGCUGCUUAUUCAUAUUAUAAAAUCAUAUGAAUUUGUACAGCAUUCAGAUUUUAAAUGGAAACAGUUUGAAAAUGAUACAAAAAUCUUAGUUUUUUUUUUGACCUAAUAGAAAAUCUUCAACUACUUAAUUGAUAUUAUUGCAACAAAAAAUACAUGAAGACUGUUAAUAAAUAACAAAGGGAAAUUGGUCGCUGGCGACUAAAGUUAUUCUACUAAUGUAAUGUUAUUGAUUUAAUUAUUUUUUUCAAAAUUAUCAUUCCAAUCUGGUAUAUUCGAAGUGCCAAUAUUUCACCAGUCCCAGAUUACACAAAAGUGAUAUAAAUUAAAAUGCUAUGAAAUAGUUUUUUAUUUAUUUUUAUCGGGCACAUUCUGGACAUUGUUUUUUUUAGUAUCAAUUUACCUAAAAUAUUUGGAAUACAAUCAUUUGGCAAAGGAAAAGAAAUAAAUUUUACAAUAGGAUAAUAUUGCAUAGUACCAAACCAUAUCCACAUUUAUUCUGUACUAUAAUAUGAAAUAAUAUAACAAAAUUAAUGUAAAUCUUUCUAUAUGAAUACACCACAUCUAAAUAGCAUAAAAUUAUCAAGUAGAUAGUCACCCAGCAAUAGCUAUUACAAUUAAAUAUGUUCACUAUUGCCCUGAUUAAUGCCUACUGAUGUGCUUACUUUUCACUUAUUAUCAUGUAAUCUCCCUUACAUAUGUUUACAAAUUAUAAUCACAAAUAACUAUAAUAAUGAGGGGGGUUGCGAUGACGUCUUUAAGCAGGAUUAUUUCUAGUGUGGGAAAAAGAUAGGUUGUCCAGCGCCAAUUAUUUCCUACUGGAAUUAGUACUGCUGGCUUCUGGUCUAUUCUGUCUGUAAAAAUUAAUGUGGACAUUAGUGGGCACUAGUCUCUCUUUCAAUAUAAUUAGAGUUAUUAAACAAUUUUCUAACUUAUCUAAAAUAUCAGUGCUAUUUGUUAAGUGUGAAAACUCGAGUCUGAUUUUGUGUAUAAAAUACCUAUUUUAAUGUAUUUAUUUUCUAAUUAUACACUUGGACUAAGGCAUGACUGUUUAGAAUCAACUGCUGUAUUAUUGUUGUAUUUAUUUUAGCUUUGUAUUAUUUAUAAGUUUUAUAUCACAAGGGCUUUAUAAUAGUUAGCGGUAUAAAAUUGUCCAAUACAAAUAUGCUGUAGUUAUAAGUUAAUUUGUUGUAACAUUGUGAAUCUUAAAUCUAAUCAUGUUUGAGUCUGUGGUUUUGUUAGUAUUUUUUAAUGAUAUUUUCACUAUUUACGAACAUCUCUUUGUCAUAAUAAUAUAGAACCAAAACACAAAUUAGUUUGGCAAUGCACAAUAGCAAUGUAUAGUUUGCAAUGUUACAAGUAAAAUAACGUUGGUAACACGUAAUGACAGGUCCAUAUAUGGAUGCGGUUCAGGUCACGACUGUAAAACAAAUCAUGGCACCCAAACAAGAGCCCAGCAACUACCUUAUUGUUAUUUGUAUUUUACUUAUAAAUUAAGGUUACCGCGCGACUGUACCUGGCCGUUAGCGUAAUUAAAUUAAGGAGUAAAUUAUUAAUAUGCAGUUAUAUUCCGCGGAAGCUUCUGGAAAGCGGUUGAAUGCAAUUUUGUAUGAGUAUAUUUAAGUAAAGUCGGUACAGUCGCGCGGUAAAACGUUAACAGAUCUCCGAGUGCGAGUGUGAAUGGACUGACUCCGAUAGAAGAUAAUUUGCAACGCUGUUCAACAAAUUGAUAAAUUUUUGUAUAAAUAUUUAUAACGAUAAUGUAACUGUUGAAAACAAAGUAUUGUAACAAAUGACAUAUUAUAAGGUGCUUAUGAUUAUCGUUAUAAUACAGAGUUGUGCAUA